AUGAAAAGGUCCAUAACUGAGCUAUCCAAGCUGGACAGCAAAUGGUUGGGACGGUGGAAGAACCUUCCGUUGGGGACGUCUAUCAACCCACGGAAACUGGCCCAACCCACAAAAGGGAAGAAGUUCAUAGUGCCGAUGUUUCCAUAUCCCUCAGGAGUACUUCACAUGGGUCAUUUGAGAGUGUAUACUAUAUCGGAUGUGCUGAGCCGAUUUUUCAGAAUGAGAGGUUAUGACGUGGUUCAUCCAAUGGGUUGGGAUGCUUUUGGACUACCUGCUGAGAACGCAGCCAUAGAGCGGAAGAUUGACCCGGCCACAUGGACGAAAAGCAAUAUAGCCAAGAUGAAGUCGCAGAUGGCAUCUAUGCUUGCAGAUUUUGACUGGGAAAGAGAGGUGACUACUUGUGAUCCAGAGUAUUACAAAUGGACCCAGAAGUUGUUUCUUCUGAUGCACGAACAUGGUCUGGCCUAUAAGAAGAAGGCCGAGAUCAACUGGGACCCUAUUGACCAGACUGUUUUGGCCAAUGAACAGGUAGACGCUCAGGGAAGAUCAUGGAGAUCAGGGGCUUUAGUGGAGAAGAAAUCACUAGAGCAGUGGUUCUUGGGGAUCACCAAGUUUGCGCCUGAGUUGAAGGCUGAUUUGGACAUUUUGGAAGAAUGGCCCUCUGAAGUUAAAACUAUGCAAACCAAUUGGAUCGGUGAGAGUAACGGUACCACUGUGACAUUUUUGUUCAAUGAGCAAAGCCAGAAAUCAGCAAACUCACAGAGCAUCACCACAUUUACCACUAGGGUCGAUACAUUGUUCAGCGUGCAAUACGUUGCACUUGCACUUGACCAUGAAAUCACGAAAGAGGUGGCGGAGGGUGAUCAUAACUUACGUUCGUUUAUCAGGGACCAAAAACUGACAGAACAGGAAGACUCCAAGGCCGGAUUCCAGAUCAAAGGCUUAUAUGUGAUCAACCCCAUCGAUCCAGAUCUACCGAAAAUACCCGUCUUUGUUGCUCCAUAUGUUAUCAGUGGUUAUGGAGAGGGUGCUGUGAUGGGAUGUCCUGCUCAUGAUGAAAGAGACUUCGAAUUUUGGAGACAGAACAUGGGUGGUAAUGCUCCUAUCAUGAGGUCAGUGGAACCUUUGGAAGGCACCCAAGAGGAAGGUCCCUACACGGGAAAAGAAGGCGUUUUGAACACAAAUGCUGGAAAAUUCAGUGGGUUGACAACAAAAGAAGCCCUGAAAGCUAUGCAAUCUCAAUUGGUAGCUACCAAUCUGGGAACUCCAACCACCAAGUACAAAAUCAGAGAUUGGCUCAUAAGCAGACAGAGGUAUUGGGGUGCACCUAUUCCAAUAGUGUACUGCGAUGAUUGUGGCACGGUACCUGUUCCAGAUGAACAGCUUCCAGUAUUGCUUCCCAAGGUUGAUGCUCUGGUAGGUAAAAAUGGUUCUGCUUUAUCUAAUAUCCCAGAAUUUGUUAACUGUGAGUGUCCCUCAUGCGGAGGUCAUGCCAAGAGAGAUACGGACACCAUGGAUACGUUUAUGGACUCCUCCUGGUAUCUAUUCAGAUAUGCCGAUGCUAAAAAUCGCAACGCGAUUUUCGAUAAAGAAAAAGCAAACUCUCUCCUGCCAGUGGACAUGUAUAUAGGUGGUGUGGAGCACGCCAUUCUGCAUCUGUUGUACACCAGGUUUGUCUCCAAGUUUCUUAGUUCUACAGGUGAAUGGACGAAUAAGGAAUUUAAUGGAGAACCUAUAAGACGUCUUGUUACUCAGGGAAUGGUUCACGGAAAGACAUAUGUCAAUCCUGACAAUAAGAGAUUUUUGAAGCCAGACGAGGUUGAUCUUACUGGACCUCAGCCUGUGGUAAAAGAGACUGGAAAAAUUGCCUCAAUAACAUUUGAAAAGAUGUCCAAAUCUAAGUACAAUGGGGCUGAUCCCGAGGAGUGCAUCCUCAAAUAUGGGGCUGAUUCGACCAGAGGCCACAUUUUGUUCCAAGCUCCCGUAACAGACGUUCUUGAUUGGGACGAAACAAAAAUUGUUGGGAUUCAACGUUGGCUCAGGAAGGUGCUGACACUAGCAGAGACUAUAGGAAAUAGCAAGUCUGCACCUGAAUUGGACUUAGGCAAACUCAAUGCUGCAGAAACAAAUCUUUUCAACACUGUGCAGAACACAAUUGUGUCUGUCACCAAUUCCUUUUCAAAAACAUUGACGUUAAAUACGGUUAUAUCCGAUUAUAUGAAGUUGACGAACAAACUUGUUGAGGAUGGCCAGAAUUCAGAGAUAAGUGGUAUUGUCUUGAGAUAUUCGUUUCUGGAACUGAUCAGACUCAUGGCCCCAGUGACUCCAUCUGCUGCGGAGGAGGCUUAUGAGAUCUACUGCGGAGCCUCUCACCUAGAAUGGACGAGUAUCCUGCAGGCUGAUUGGCCGGUACCUGCACCGUUGAUUGGUACAAAUACUCACGACUACAAAGUCAUGAUCAAUGGAAAAUUCAGGUUUUCCCACUCUGCCGAAAAGACGUUGGGGAAGGAUGAUCUGAUCACUAAGGUGAUUGAGUCUGCAAAUGGCAGAAAGUAUGUUGGGGACAAAACAAUCAAGAAUGUUAUUGUCAAGAAAGAUGCGAUAGUGAUCAUUGUUAAAUAG